GUAAGAAUUAUUUUGAAAUGUGAAAUAAUGGAAGGACGUCACACGGGUCAAGUUAUUUCGACAAAAAUUGAAUCCAUCCUUGAAGAAUGGGGUAUAAAACACGAUGCUGUUCACUGUGUGGUAAAAAAGGUUGAAAAAAGUUUCAACACAUUUUAGUCAUUCCCUAGUAGCACAAGAUGAACUAAAAGCUAUACAGGAAAUAAGUAUGAAGCAAUUUCCAUUGUCAACAAUUCAAGAUUGUCCCACUAGGUGGAACAGCACAUUUUACAUGUUGGAGCGUUUUGUUAAAAUAAAGGAUUCUUUACUUUUAUACUUAUCUACAAAACAAUUUGUAUCAUUUUCUCCAGAUGAUUUGUCAACUGUUGACCUGUUGUUAAAAUUGUUGGCACCUUUCGAAGAACUUACUAAAGAAUUGAGUAACUCGAAGAACAGCAUUUCUAUGGUUAUACCACUUACGCACGUUAUCCUGACAACAUUAAAAGCUGCGAAAGAUAACCAGAAUACGCCAGAAAAAGUCAAAGCACUUUUCGUUAAAGUUAUACGAGAAAUAAGUGAAAGAUUUGGCGAUUUAAAUAAAAAUUUGCUAUGUUCGGUUUCUACGUAGUUAGAUCUGCGAUAUAAAACAAAGUUUUUUAACAGUUUUGAA